AUGUGGGGCCCCAUGGCGGCGGCAGCGGAGGAGGAGGGGUCGGCAUUGUCGUGUGAGGAGACGCAGUCGCAUCGCGCACACAACAUUGCCAUCACCACCGCCUGUGGCGCGGAGUACUCUCAUGGUUCUUCAUGUGGCGACUUUGGCCACAUUUUGAGGGCCGCCCACAUCAACUUCAGUCAUGUGAACCCCGAGGCCUCUUCCAGCACGGCGACCGGGAUGGUGCGGGAUCCGCUCUCGCCAGUCGUUGACCACCUUACGCAGGGUCUCUUGCCCUCCAGCCUGGGCUGUCCGAGGUGUGCGCAGAUUAACUCCAUUCGGGAGUCCUUAAAGAGUGUCGAGGCAUCGUACCUGAGAGAAAUUGCCCAACUGGGGCGAGUGGUAGAACAGAUGGACGCGGAACGUGUGGAUGCGGUAAACCGAAGAGAGCAGACACUUUUAGCGCUCGACCGCAGUAGGCAACUCAAUCUAUCGAGGGAGUGCGAGAUACAGUCACUGAGUGGUCAGUUACGACAGAUGGAGGAUGAAUUGCAACGCUUGGAAUACGAGCUGGCCUCCCUACGUCAGCUUUACAGGCGUGACGUGGCGUUCUACCACCGACGAGAGGUGCUUUGUUUCUUGGAGAACGAGCGAUGCGCCCGGGCGGCAGUAUCCUCUUCGGAGGCUGGCUGGCAUUCCGCACUUGAGGCAAGGUACUCGAGUGUUCUGGAGAUGCAUCGAAAGCGGCAUUGUUUCGAUCCAUCUCAGAGCGUUGAGAGGUUGAGGUCGCCUCGUCUGAGUGAAGGGCGCCGUUUCAUGCGUGACGCCCGUCAAUAA